AUUUAAUAUAACGAGGACAAAAUUCGCAGACAAAAAAACCCAUAGCACACAACCCCCAAAGCAUUCGUGCGGUUCAUUCGGUACUCCCCUUUGGCCUUUGCCACGCAUUUGACUCUUUAGCAAAUCGGAGUUCAAUUGGUCAGAAACGUCACUCAGUUGGAUAAUUGAUAUAGUGUAUCAUUCAAGCGUUUGGAUUAUCUAGGGUUUGUUGGAAUUUGGUGUUUUUGCUUCAAGACAGGAAAAAUCAUUAGCGUAAGGAGAGAUAAAUAAAGGAACAAUUUUACCAUGUGGCUGAUCUGCCUUUUUCUUUUUUAAGAGCAUUCAUCUCUGUUGAACUGAAAUGGAUAUGACAAGGAGAGUGACUAGAAACCAGAAUGAUGAUGUUGCAUCUAGCAGUAUGACUAUCAAGACAGAUGAUGUGGGACCUUGGUCAUACCUCAACGAUGAUGUGCUUUUAUUAGUUAUGAUGCAACUUGGGGUCAUUGAUUUUGUUGCUUUUAGUGGUGUCUGCAAGUCAUGGAGAUCCGUAGCACUCCGUAACAGGAAAAGUUUUAUGGCAUCCAAACCACCGAUGCUGACACGUAUCUGUGGUGAUCUUAAUAAGAAUAAGAAAUUCCGCGUAGAUGACCAUGAAGGAAGAAAGUUUAAAACCAUAAUUCCCCAUUCUGCUGACUGGCACUAUCAAAGAUUAACUUCUUGUUACUUGAUAUUGUUCAGGUGGACUACCAAGGAAUACUGGCUUGUGAAUCCAAUCACUAGACAUGAACUUAUUUUCCCUCCUAUCCCUUGGAAGACUGAUUAUGAUUCCAGAUCUGUCCUAGUCUUUUCACCUUCAAUCUCUAAAUCGGUGUUUGUUGUGUUAGCCCAUAGUCAAAUAUGGUUUUCUAUAGAGGAUGAGGGAACAUGGAAUCAUGUCUCCUCUUUCGACCUCGAAUUUUGUAGGGAUUUACAUCUUUUUAAGGGGAAGAUAUAUACCAUAGACACGAAUAAUUUUAAUUUAUGUGAAUUCAGACUCAAUCCUGAGCCCAAAGUGACGUUGCUCGAAACUAAGAAUCUUCCGGACGAUCCGGAAAUACUUUUUCCGCAGCUUGUAAGUUGCGGUGAAAACCUUUAUUUGAUGGGAAGCUCAGUAUACGCAGAAAAGUUCAAUGUUUUUAAACUAGAUUUUGGUGAAAUGGAAUGGGUGCAUUUUGAAGAUACAAGAGACGAAUGUGGUUUCUUUCUAAGUGAGGAGAAUUAUAGUGCUGCUGUUAAACCAGAGCUGUGGGCUGACCCUUGGUCACAUUACGAGGCAUAUGAUAUUGAUAAUGGAGGUGAACAUGAGAAAAUAUUGUUUUCUGCAAUCAGAGGGUGGUAUUUCCCGCAUGAAUGUGAGAAUGUUAAUCUCAUAGAAGAGUCAUGACUUUGAAAUGCGUGGCUAAUGCAUCUGGUUUAAUUCAUAUCAAAUUAUAGGUUUUAUCUUUAAGCCUUCUUAUGAUUAAGAUGAUGGUGGUUUUUUUUUUAUGGGUGAGGUGUUGUAGUCAUUUUUUUUUCUGAUAUCUAUUGAAAAUCCCAGAGAUUAUUAAUAGCAACCAUGGCUCUUCCCUACAGAUUUGCCUUGGUCAUUGUAGUUCAGUUAUAGCUUAUUAGAGUCUGAAGUCGUCGGCUGAACACCUAUUUUUGCAGCAAAGGAUUUCCUUGCAUGAAGUUA